ACUAUUUCAACUGCGCAGUUCGUGCAAGUCUUACUUUCGAUAUUGCUUGCUUCAAGUGAGAGCUGCACAUUUCUCGACUUGCAUUUGCGACAAAAAUCCGAUCUAUGGUGACCUCGAACAUGAAGAUCGUGGUAAUCUUCGGUUUUCUGACAGCUGUCUACUUGGUGGACUCCAAGUUUCAGGCCCCGACAGUGCAAGUGUACAGUCACCUGCCAGCAAAGUUCGGAGAGCCGAACAUUCUCAUCUGCCACGUGAGCCAGUUCCAUCCCCCGGACAUCACCAUCCAGUUGUUCAAGAAUGGAGAGGAGCUCCAAAAAACCAAUGAGACCGACUUGAGCUUCGGAAAGAAUUGGCAUUUCCAUCUCACCAAGCAUGCUGAGUUCAUGCCAAUGAGAGAUGACAAAUAUUUCUGCCGAGUCACUCAUGCCUCAAAUCCUCCCCGCAAUAUUGACUGGGAAGCCAAUAUGUGAGGAUGCAAGGGCCAUCGAUGUCAUUCCAUCACAAUCCGGCCAGAAUCCUAAAGUUGUCACUACUCACCCUUUUUCUGCAUUUAAUGUGACACUACACUUUGGCUUCAACUAGGGAUAUUUUCAGACUGCCUUUCUCAGACAUUUUCUUAUCCCAUUCCUAAACUCACAAUUCAAGGGCAAUAAUCACAUUAAGGAAACUAAUGACCAUAAUUAACCUUGAGUGUUUUAGUCACUGCACUAUAAUCCAUUCAACAAUGAUGUGUGUUUGAUGAUCAAUGACAAUGAUCGUUAUGUAAAGUAAUGAUCCAUCCAUUUCCUGUACCGCUUGGGUCGCGGGUGCACUGUAGCCUAUCCCAAUGAUGAUUUUGUCUAAUAAAAAUAAAAAGACAUCUGGUGUUA